CAAAUCGAAGUUGGAGGAGGAGUUCCCCGUUCAAGGAGGAGGCGAAGGAUACCCACGCCCAGGGACCAGGAGGGAGGCAUAGAAUCAUCCCGCAGGACACGAGAGCAGCGAAGGAGAGCCUGAGAGUAGGAGUGAAGCAAUUGGUGUGCCCAGGACGGGGUAGAGGAGGGGAGGAUGCCUUGCGAGAUCAUCACCCUGCAGUUGGGCCAGUGCGGCAACCAGAUUGGGUUUGAGUUCUGGAAAAAGCUCUGCAGUGAACAUGGGAUCUCCCCUGAGGGCACGCUGGAGGACUAUGCUACUGAAGGCACGGACCGGAAGGAUGUGUUCUUCUACCAGGCGGAUGACGAGCACUACAUCCCCCGCUCCGUCCUGCUGGAUUUGGAGCCUCGGGUCAUCCACAGCAUCAUGAAUUCUCCCUAUGCUAAGCUUUAUAACCCAGAGAACAUCUACAUGUCCAAGCAAGGAGGAGGAGCAGGCAAUAACUGGGCCGCCGGGUUUAGCCAGGGCGAGCGUAUCUAUGAUGAAGUGUUUGACAUCAUUGACCGUGAGGCUGAUGGGUCAGACAGCCUUGAAGGGUUUGUGUUGUGCCACAGUAUUGCAGGUGGCACAGGGUCUGGCCUCGGUUCAUACAUCCUGGAGCGCCUCAAUGAUCGCUUCCCCAAGAAACUGGUACAAACUUACUCAGUGUUCCCAAACCAGGAUGAGAUCAGCGAUGUGGUUGUUCAGCCGUACAACUCCCUCUUGACCCUGAAGCGCCUCACCCAGAGUGCAGACUGCGUGGUGGUGCUGGACAACACUGCACUCAACCGUAUUGCCUCAGACCGCCUCCACAUCAACAACCCAACCUUCUCCCAGAUCAACUCCCUCGUCUCCAACAUAAUGUCCGUCUCCACUGCCACUCUGAGGUACCCAUCCUACAUGAACAAUGAUUUGAUCGGCCUCAUUGCACCUCUCAUCCCCACCCCAAGGCUCCACUUCCUCAUGACAGGCUUCACCCCACUCACCACAGACCAGGAGGUGGCCUCUGUGAGAAAAACAACAGUUCUGGAUGUGAUGCGACGACUCCUGCAGCCCAAGAAUAUGAUGGUCUCAACACCCCUUGACCGCAACACCCAGCAUUGUUACAUAUCCAUUCUCAACAUCAUCCAGGGUGAAGUUGACCCAACACAGGUUCACAAGUCCUUGCAGAGAAUAAGGGAGAGAAAAAUGGCACAGUUCAUCCCUUGGGGGCCAGCCUCCAUACAGGUGGCCCUUUCCAAGAAGUCUCCAUACAUCCAGUCAGCUCAUAGAGUGUCUGGCCUCAUGCUGGCCAACCAUACCAACAUCUCUGCUCUGUUUGAGCGCACACUGAGGCAGUACGACAAGCUAAGGAAAAGAGAAGCCUUCUUGGAGCAGUUCCGCAAGGAAAGUAUGUUUAUCGACAGCUUGGAUGAACUGGAUCAGUCAAGAGAGGUGGUGCAGCAGCUGGUGGAUGAGUACGUGGCAGCUACAACUCCUGACUACCUCUCGUGGGGGUUGAAUCAGGGCUCGGUGGAAGCCUGAGCUUGACCUGCAGCUUACAUCUUCUGAACAUUAGAUUGUGUGUGUGUUGUGUAGGACAACAAAGCAGCCAUAUAGCACAGAUCUCCCUCAGUGUCACGAGUGUGUGAGGCAUCUUGAGAGAGUAGGCUUGGUUUUUUUCCCUUUGUGAUAUAGGCAGUGUCCUUGUUUUGCACAGUUUUGUUAUGAAGAACCAGAUUCCUUUGAAGCACUUACAUUGUAAAUAUCAUUGUUGAUUAGUGUCAGUAAUAGGUCUUGGCAUCUUGCAACAGUUUUGAUUUCUGAACAAAAAUAAUUAUAGGAGGGGGAGAGCCAGUCCCCAGUAUAGGAAAUGUAUUCUGAAUCCUCAGUUUACUGAAAUGUGUAAGUUAUUAAAAGUAAAUACAGUACAUGUAUGAACAGAAAGUAAAUUAAACACUUUACCUCAAAUUCUUGCAACAUUUUAGGGGCUUCAGCCUCUGCUUUCAAAAUGUAGUUAGAACUCUUCCACCACUGUAGGGUGUGGAGUCAGUGCCAUCAUUUUUUGUAUGUAGAUAGUCUCAGUAUGACAAAUAGAUGUAGCUUAGCGUCAAAGUAUAACUUCUAAUUUCUAAUGAGCUGAACUGGAAAUAUUCUUCUCUUUUAUGUGUAGAAUACCUACACACAGGUUACUCUGACUUUUUUAUUUUAUUCAGUAAACCCUCAUUCCCUUGCUGCAUCAAACUUCCAUCAAUCCAGUUGAAGCAUGACUAAUAAUCAGUACAUAUGGUGACAAUUAAUGGAGUCCCAGGAGCUGAAUAUAAUUUUGACAAUA